CUGCGCUUUGUAAAUGGUCCGGUAUCUUUGUAAAUGGUCCGCAGUGGGCACCUGGCUGUCAAAGUCGGCAGUCUCUGGUCAUGCCCUGUACUGUCCGCAGUCUCUGGUCAUCUCCUGUACUGUGUCCGCAGUCUCUGGUCAUCUCCUGUACUGUGUCCGCAGUCUCUGGUCAUCUCCUGUACUGUGUCCGCAGUCUCUGGUCAUCUCCUGUACUGUCUGCAGUCUCUGGUCAUCUCCUGUACUGUCCGCACUCUCUGGUCAUCUCCUGUACUAUGUCCGCAGUCUCUGGUCAUCUCCUGUACUAUGUCUGCAGUCUCUGGUCAUC